GUGAGAAACUUCGCUCACUCCUCCCCCACUAUCUUAUUCCCAAAUUCCCUCUGACACCAUACCUAACUUCUUUCAGGAGUAGCCGCAGCCACCGGUGGUUCUGUCAGCAAGUACAGGGUGUCUUUUGUCCCUGUUUGGCCGAUUUGAGGUCCCCGGCCGUUCUCAGAGCUUUUCCCAGCCCGGUUCCUUUUGGGAAUUUGGGUUCAACCGGAGUGACUCAUCCAAGUUUCCCCGCACGGUUCUGCCUGAGGAAUGAGAGGACUAUCGCAGCGGAAGAGCCGAAAACCGCAUGUUUGAAUGAACAAAAUGGACAGCAAGGAUAUUGACGCCGAGCUUGGGGGGAAAUCUCUGCCCGGAGCAACAUCUCCCCAUUCACAACUGAUCACAAACCCGGCACGGCCUGACCCGGAGGGGGAGAGCAGCCCCCCGAAGACAGACCCAACCCAGAGGAUGGAGUCCCCUGUUAAGAAAGACACAGACCGGAGGUUGACUACCCCCACGAAAACUGACAUCAUCCCCCGAUCUCCUGCGUCGCCGGCAUCACCUGUCCCCAGGUCGAAACGAGAUAUAGUCAAGUCAGAGGACAGGCAGAGGCUUGCCAAGGAGCGGAGGGAGGAGAAGGCCAAAUAUCUGGAAGAGCUCAGCCAGUUACAAGCUGCUAAAAAGAACCAGUGGCUGGAGAAGGAGGAGAAGGCACGGCAGCUGAGAGAGCAGCAGCUGGAGGAGCGCCGCCGGAAGCUGGAGGAGCAGCGGAUCAAGGCAGAGAAACGCCGGGCCGCCCUGGAAGAGAGACAGAAACAAAAGCUGGAGAAGAACAAAGAACGAUAUGAGGCAGCCAUCCAGAGGUCCACUAAGAAGACCUGGGCUGAGAUCCGCCAACAGAGGUGGUCCUGGGCUGGGGGCCUCAGCCAGAACUCCAGCCAGAAAGAAAGCAGAUGCUCUGUGUCGGCGGUCAACCUGCCCAAACACGUGGACUCUGUUAUAAACAAGCGCCUCUCCAAGUCCUCCGCCACCCUCUGGAACUCCCCCAGCAGAACCCGCAACCUUGCACUGAGUCCAUGGGAGAGCAGUAUAGUGGACCGGCUGAUGACGCCCACCCUGUCCUUCCUUGCCCGCAGCCGCAGUGCUGCAAGUGUCCUCAGCAACGGCAAGGAUGCCCCAUCCGCGCUCUGCCCCCGCUCGGCCUCGGCCAGCCCCCUGACCCUGUGCGCCCACCGGCCCCACCACCGCUGCUCCGACCGCUGGAGGGUGACGUCCAGCACGCCUGACAUCACCCAGCGCCAACACAGACGGAGCUCCACGCCCAUGGAUAAAAAUAAGAAAGAAAAGAAAGACAAGGAACGGGAGAACGAGAAGGAAAGAAGUGCCCUCACUAAAGAGAAGGUGCUAAAGAAGAGACAGUCUCUGCCCAGUAUGAGAUACAGACAUGAUCCAAGCCCCAGUCCUUUAUCAAGACAAAGGCCCUCAUCUCCAGCCACUCCUAAGGGCAGAACUGCCUCUCCCAGCCCUGCUGCCUCCCCCAGCCCAAAGCCUCUAUCCUCCCGUGGCAGCCCCUCCACCCCCAAGGCCCGGCCCAAGCGAGCCAGGACCCCUGCCAGAAUAGACCACCGCAACUCCUCCCCCAUCCCCUUGGAGAGAGCCAAGGAGCCUUGCAGGCCUGCCACCCCCGAGGCGAGGAAGAGCUCGCCUGUGGUUCCUGCCAUCGUUGUCUCCUCAGCCCCUGUCACGUCACCUUCAGUGACCACAUCGAUCACAACAGCUUCCACUGCCUCAACAACACAGCAGGUCCAAUCAGCUCCCAGCGUCCCUGUGACAUCACCCACACCCUCUCCCUCAGCCAAGCCCAUGGCUGGCACCAACGACCCCGAGGAGGCGGCCCGCAUCCUGGCUGAGAAACGACGGCAGGCCCGUGAGCAGAGGGAGAGAGAGGAGCAGGAGCGACGUGAGCAGGAGGAGAAGGAGAGGAUCCUGAGAGAGGAGCGAAUCGUGAGGGAGGCAGAGGAGAGGCGGCGCAGGGAGGAGGAGGCCCGCGCCAUGGCUGAGGAGCAGCGGAGGAGGGACGAAGCCCAGCGGCUGCAGGAGGAGAAAGAGGCCGAGGAGAGAGCCAAGGCCGAGCAGGAGGAGAACCAGCGCCUGCAGAAACAGAAAGAAGAGGCUGAGGCUAAAGCCCGUGAGGAAGCAGAGAAGCAGCGUCUGGAGAGAGAGAAACACUUCCAAAAGGAGGAGCAGGAGAGACUGGAGAGGAAAAAGCGCCUGGAGGAGAUCAUGAAGCGGACACGCAAAACAGAUGUAGGGGACAAGAAAGAGACCAAAUCCUCCCCAACCACCCAGGUCAAUGGCAAAGAGGCAGAAGGCAGCAAAGCAUCUGCCGACUACCAGCCAAGGCCAGAAGUCAACCUGUCCAAUAACAAAACAGAAAACGGACAGACCGAUGUGAGAGAAAGUCCCUCAGUUCAAGUUGUCAACGGGGUCCAGUCCUCCAGACAUGAGAAUGGUCUGUCCACUAAGGGAGACGCUGCCCACUUUGAAGAGAUCAUCCAGCUGGCCAAUCAUGGCAACGGCACCAACGAAGGGCGGGAAAAGUCUGAGACCAGCAUCCCCAUCGAGCCGAUCCUUGCUUUUGAAAGCGAGGAGCCGUUCAUGAAAAAAGCAGGCCCCAUAAAGCCUCAGCAUGUUGCAGAGGUCCUGUGAGAUGUGCCAGUGUUGAAGUGCUCAUCGCCUUAGGCCACUGACCUCCUCCAGCCCAGCCACCACUCGCAUGGGGAGACAGAAACCCUCUUUGACAGAGCACAGCCCUGUGACCUGUGCCAAACAAUCACUGACUGCUUUAUAGCUCCCUCUCUCUCUCAAAAAAAAAAAAUAAAAAUAGAAAUAAAAUAAACUCCUCUCUCAAGAUAAAGGGGCCAGAGAAGAAGAUGAAGAAGAAGCAACUCUGCAGUCUGCAUCAAGACACAAGCAAAACACAGAACAGGAUGAAAGAUGUUGCCACAUGCCACCCUAUCAGGUGCAUUAGUGUUAACAUUUCCAAUGAUCUUCAUGGCACCAAUUCCAUGCACCUUAAUACUUGACUGUAUCAUCCAUUGUACAAUACAGUACAGCUGAGUAAUUGUUAUUAUGACAAGCUGGAAAAAAGAAGUGAGUUUGCUUUUUUGGUCUUAUGUUUAGUUAUUUAACUUGAAGAGAAAUGUAACGACUGGGUACAAGUUUAUGUGAAUAAUGUAAAUGAAAUUUUGUGUGUUGGAUAAAGGAGGGAGGGGUCUGUGGAACAAAGGGUUUAUGUAAGGGAGUCGACUUUUAUGCAACUCUGCUCUUAGUAGGCCUUCUCAGUCAAACCCAGGUAUUAUAUACAUUGAUUACAUCCUGGUCUGUGAAAAUCUCAAAUGGAUUGUUAUUACAUGAUAUGUAAACUCAUUUUCAGUUUAAACUUAACUCUCCUACAUUAUGACUGAUUGUAUGCAACUGGAUGUACUGGAUGUAAUAAUAAGUGUGUAAGUUUGACAGGAAAUCACAGAGGAAAUUUAGAACCAGUAUUCAUAAAUCCAAGUUCAAAAUAGAAAAACAAGUCAUGCGUCCAAGUUGGAAAUAGAAUGUAAACUAGGGGUUUACCCCCCACACUUAAUGAUUCAUGCAGUUGUUUUUUUGUUUUUCUAAACGUGCAAGCAUGACUCAGUUUUCUCUAAUUUGCAUUGUGAUUCCACAGACUCAUAUUUGAAUUGCUGGUGCGUGUAUAUGCUAUAAAUAUAUUUUGAUGUGUGUUUAAAGGUCAGUGGGAGUGUCAAAGUCUUAUUAAAGACAAGCUGUCCAGUCUGCAGCAUCA